AUAAAAAUCGAUCAGGUCGCCAUCAGCCUCCGCGUCUUCCCGUCCAAAGCCAAGAAACCAAAGCUGCAAGUAGCCAGCCAGAGGAAGAAGAAGAAGAAGCUAGCUAGCUUCUCGGGAAGGAGGAGGGAACGGAGAUCGGAGGCGGAGGCUCCAAGAAAGCAGCAAGAAAGUGCGAAAAUCUGAGGAGGAAGGAGAAGGGAGGUUGAAUCGAUCGAUCGAUGGCUCGGCGGCCGGCGCCGUGGGAGCAGGGCGGCGACGAGUACGACUACCUGUUCAAGAUCGUGCUGAUCGGGGACUCCGGCGUGGGGAAGUCGAACCUCCUCUCCCGCUUCACCCGCAACAGCUUCUCCCUCGACUCCAAGUCCACCAUCGGCGUCGAGUUCGCCACCCGCACCAUCCAGGUUGAAGGAAAGAUUGUAAAGGCACAGAUAUGGGACACAGCCGGGCAAGAACGGUACCGGGCCAUCACAAGCGCAUACUACCGCGGCGCAGUGGGAGCAUUGCUAGUCUAUGAUGUCACAAAGGCCACAACUUUUGAGAAUGUGAAGAGGUGGCUCAAGGAGCUCCGUGACCAUGCCGACUCCAACAUCGUCGUCAUGCUCAUCGGCAACAAGAUCGACCUCAAGCAUCUCCGGUCAGUGUCCUUGGAGGACGCAACAAGCUUUGCAGAGAGGGAGGGCCUAUCCUUCGUCGAGACCUCGGCGCUCGACGCGACGAAUGUGGAUAAAGCUUUUCAGACAGUGCUCACUGAGAUCUACCGGAUCAUCAGCAAGAAGGCAUUGGCUGCAGAUGAGGCUGGAGCUGGUGCUGGUGCUGUCAGAGAGGGCCAAUCUAUCCAAGUCUCCGCGACAGAUUCCAGCAGUUUUACAUCAAGAUGUUGCUCUUUCUAGUGGCCAUCGAUAUCGUUUCCAUUGGAUUGCUUGAGGUGAUCCUAUUUGUAAUUGUCAAAAUGUGGUGUCAUGCAACAAGAAUAAAGGAUUACAUUCAGGAGAUGAAGAUUUUUCAUUCUGUACAUAAGAGUAACAUAGUACAGCCGCUUCGACAAUUUGGAUCUGAAUAUCAUAAACUCGUGCUAUGCAUGGGUGAUGCAGUUGCUGUUAUACUAUUGCCAAAAUUGAAAUAUUUUGUCCUA